CGCGCGAGCGCACGCGCCGCCGCCGCCGCGUCGUCGGAAUCCGCGAAGUCCGCGCGAGCGGACGUCGCGACGACGCGCGGGGGAACGUACGACGAGAUCACGGACAAGUGGAUCCCGGAGAAGCCCGUGACCGCGGUCGAGUCCGUGUCGUACGGCGCCGUCGCCCUCGUCGGCGUCGGCGUCGCCGUGGGAGCGCUGUGGUACGGCAUCGGCGAGCUCCUCUUCGCGCCUCCCGCGCAGGCGGCGUUCGACGAGGCGCUUCUGUUGCUCGAACGAGACCCGCGGAUCGCCGUUCGCGUCGGGACGCCGAUGACGUCGUACGGCAACGAAGGCAGAUCGCGACGGGGGCGACAGCAGCUCGCGCACGCGACGGAGGUGGACGGGCACGGGAACGAGUGGAUUAUCGCGCAGGGAGCCGUGCGCGGGCCGCAAGGAAGAGGCGCGGUGCAUCUGAAGGCGAGGAAAGACAAAGAGAGCGGGGAGUGGGUGUUCGCGUACGUCGCCGUGGACGUG